UUCUAUAGGACAUGCAGGUGACCGGCGUGGAAGAUGACAGCCGCGCCCUGAACAUCACCAUCCACAAGCCUGCGUCCAGCCCCCACUCCAAGCCCUUCCCGAUCCUCCAGGCCACCUUCGUGUUCUCGGACCACAUCCGCUGCAUCAUUGCCAAGCAGCGCCUGGCCAAGGGCCGCAUCCAGGCAAGGCGCAUGAAGAUGCAGAGGAUAGCCGCCCUCCUGGACCUCCCGAUCCAGCUGACGACCGAAGUCCUGGGGUUCAGACUUGGCUCCUCCUCUUCUACCCAGCACCUGCCUUUCCGUUUCUACGACCAGUGCCGCCGGGGCAGCAGCGACCCCACGGUGCAGCGCUCUGUGUUCGCGUCAGUGGACAAGGUGCCAGGCUUUGCCGUGGCCCAGUGCAUAAACCAGCACAGCUUGCCAUCCCUGUCCUCGCCAUCUGCCGGCGGCGGGAGCCCCAGCGGCAGUGCGAGCACCAGCCACUGCGACUCUGGAGGUACCAGCUCAUCAUCCACCCCUUCUGCCACCCAGAGCCCGUCAGUCAGGAAUGGCAGGAAAGGACGCCGGCGAGUGUUCAGCCUGUCGGAGGCCGACAGUCACGGCGGCCACUGGGUUUAG